GGCGCGCCUCAGGCGGGGCUGCUAUUGCUGCUAUGGUAACGGGGCCAACUCCGCACUCGUUGGGGACUGGGGUAGUCGGUGUAUGGCGCAGGCCCGUUCCGGCUCCGGCUGCGGCUGAUGGCUGAAACAACGGCCGCUUUUCCAGUCUCUUUUUAACGAGUCGCGGGGUACGGGGCAACCGUCAUGUUUCAGGCCCGAGAUCAGGACACGCGAGCCAGAGACAGUCAAACAAAGUAUAUUCACAGCACUGUUGUAAAUGUGGAAAAGCACUUUGGUGAGAUCUGCACCUUAUUUGCAGCCUAUGCACGGAAAACUGCAAGACUACGUGAUAAGUCAGACCUCCUGGUUAAAGAACUCCGAGAGUACUCUGAUACAGAAACUCCUAAUUUAAAAUAUGGUCUGAGUAGCUUUGCAGAUCACUUUGCUUUAGUUCAAGAUUAUAGACAUGCAGAGGUUGAAAGGCUAGAAGCUAAAGUUGUAGAACCUAUGAAGAAGUAUGGUUCCAUAACCAAGUUGAAAAAGGAAGAUCUCAAGGUUGCUUCAGGUGCUAUAAAACGUGAAUCAAGGCAAAUUGCCCACGUGGAGAGAAUGCGCCAGAGGAAUCCUUCUGAUCGACAAAUUGUUACACAGGCUGAGUCUGAAUUACAGAGGGUCACAAUGGAUGCUACACGAAUUGCACGACAGCUGGAAGAAACCAUUGAUGAUUUUCAAGAAGAGAAAAUUAGGGAUAUUAAGAAGAUUUUUGGGGACUUCAUCACAAUUGAAAUGGCGUUCCAUGCAAAAGCUUUAGAGGUUUAUAGCAAAGCAUAUCAGCAUAUACAGAAUAUUGAUGAAGAGGCAGAUAUGGAGAUUUUCAGGAACACACUUCAUUUACAAGACAGCCAGCCUCGUCUAAGCAUAGUAUCUGCAAACUCUAUAAAUACCAUGAAUGGACUAAAUUCAGCUCUACGUAUGUCAGGAUCUUCUAAGCACCACAGUACAUUAUGCAAAAAAAAGAUGAAAGAUGAUGAUGAUGAAGAGGAGGAGGAAGAGGAGGAAGAAGAGGAUGAUGACGAAGAUGAUGAAGAAGAUGACUGAGAAUUAUGACAAUGCUGCGCAAAUUAGUUUGUUUAAUAACUAGACAGUUAUUUCUGUGUAUGAUACAUUUACUUUAUAAUAUUCAUUGAUGUAAACCUGGCUAGCCUUGCAAGAAAUUUAUUGUUUUAUGCAUUUUACACUGCCAAAUACUUAAUUUUGAUAUGUAUGCCAAAAAUUUGUGAACCGUUGUCAUUUUUACUUAAAGAUUUACGGAGACUUGUUUCUGUGUGCACACUAUGUGAAGGUUCAUCUGAUUGUGCAUUAUGAACAUUAAUGAUAUUGCACAAUAUGCAAAUACUUACAUUUCUAAAGCUGAUAUGCAUCAUGUAUAGCAGAUAUUGGCAACUUUGUUAACUGUACAAAAUUUGAUUGUACAUGUAGUACACACAAACGUGUUUUCUAUGUCUGUAUUGAUGAUGAAAGUGAGCACGUUAUUUGCCUUUUUUUAUUAAAUCAAUGGGUGGAAAAUUGCAGCCACCAUCAUUU